AUGACCUGCGUCGACGCUUCGAUGCUCUGCGCAGUGGAGAGUGCGCCCGAGCGCUGGUGCUGUGCAUGGUGCGGCUGCAAGAGGGAUAUCGACACAUGCAACGCCUGCAGGCAUCUCGGAGACUGGAAGACAGCUGCGCCGACGGCAGAUGCCGCCGCGGUGCUUGCGGGCAGCACCGGGCGUCGUUCUCGGCCUCCGGUUGCUCGUGGCGCUGCUGGCGCCUCAGAUGCCAACGGCGGUGGACACCCAGAUGCAGGAGCUGAGCACGACAGGGGUCUCAGCGAGAGGGAGUUUCAACAUUUCGUUACCCUGGCCGAGAAGGCUGGAGACCCGAUCGCUGCAACUCAGCAUCGGCAGAAGCUCGACGCCGUGCGCAACACCACCGAGCCCAGCUUGCAGGUCAAGGUUACCACCCAGGGUGCCAAGGUCACCGAGCUCGAGGCAGCCCCGCAGGAUGUGGUCGAGGGCAAGAGCGACCUCAUGUCUUCCAUUGAUGUUGGCACCUUCAAUGCGGAUGCAUAUGAAGUAUCUGCUGCUGUCAAGGAAGCCAUCAGGACCAGGAAAGACGAGCUCUGCACGCAGCUUGAGGAACUUGCCACGUGCCUCUUCAGUGGUGCAGCCGACAAGUUCCAGGGCCUCAAGAAAGAACAGCUCGAACACCUCCAGCGCCUCGGGAAGAAAAAG